AUGCAAAAUAGAAAAGAAACAGCAGAAAUUCUUAUUUCAAAUGGUGCAGAUAUCAAUGCUAGAGAUAAACAUGGACAAACUCCACUUCAUAAUGCAGCAACCAAAAACACUAAAGAAACGGCAGAAAUUCUUAUUUCACAUGAUGCAGAUAUCAACACUAAAACUAAAAAUGGAUCCACCUCUCUUCAAAUAGCAUCCAUUGAUAAAUGCAAAGUCAAAAUAAGGAGUCUCCUGUUAUAUUCUAUGCAAAUAAACUUGAUAGGAAAGUUCAUUCAACAUUACUUACACAGUGUUUUAGUAAUUGAGUCCUUAUUCUCGAAACAUAAAGUAAACUUGAUCGGAAUAUUCCUUCAAUCUGUUUCACUCCUUGUGCUUUUCUAA